UUACUGGGAACUCUUUUCAUUCAAAUCACGCAGGCCUUCACUGCCAGGCUUACAUACUAAAAAAGAAGGCGUCUCGAACAAACUCAGGCUUACCCGAUAAUUCAUGAUCAUUCGAGAAAUUUCAUGCACGCUACCAGCUCCAGCAGUGUCACGUGACUUCCGCUGUCGUAACAAUAUGAACUCCAAUGGUUACUGUUCGUUUCACUGUUAGUGUUAGGUCAUGCCUCGACGAGGAAGAAAGAGAGGCUGUGGUUGGUCCAUGCACAAUGCGAAGAGAGCACGGUUAAGGAGAGCCAGAGAAACUGAUGAGGAAAGGGCUGAACGCCAAAAACAAGAUCGGGAAAGGCAUAUCAAUAGAAGGAACAACGAGACGGAGGAAGAAAGAGCUGAACGUCUCAAUGAUCAGAGAGAAAGGGACAGAAACAGAAGGAACAAAGAGACGGAGGAGGAAAGAGCUAAACGUCUCAAUGAUCAGAGAGAUAGGACCAACAACAGAAGGAAGAAAGAGACGGAGGAGGAAAGAGCUAAACGUCUCAAUGAUCAGAGAGAUAGGACCAACAACAGAAGAGUUCAAGAAUCAGAUGCUGAAAGAGCUGAACGCCUCCGCCAACAAAACAUUAGAAAUAAAGCAAGGAGACUUCAACAACGUAAUCUCUCUGCUGAUGUUGGACAGAUCAAUAACAUCUGCCCCCAUUGUCGUACAUAUCUUUUUCAUGGUGAGACUGCUAACUUUGGCAAAUUAGACGUAAAGUAUCAUUACUUCAUAUAAUAAGUCUUCUUUUGCAUUCUUUGUAGAACUGUUGUACAGAUGUUAUCGUGCUAGUUUUACAUAAAUAUAUGCUGCUAUUGGAGUUCAAUUUAUUCUGGAAGUGACAAUUCUAGAUGAUGUCAAGAGCCAAUGGAGUCUGAAUAAUUGAUCGCUUACAAACGAAACAUGCAAAUCAGAAGAAAAGAAGAAACAAAAUUCGAAGAAAAAAAGUGUUACUGUUUCUUAGUUGUAGAAGGUUUAAGAGGAAGGACCACAACAUAAUGAACUAA